ACUCAUCACGGUUCUCAACAUCGAAACAUAAAAAAAACAGCGACACUUGUCUCCUUCCCGACCGGUCUGCCAUCCACUCUCAUUUCACUCCAUCGAAGCACACAGAUUUAGUCUGCCAGAAAGAUGUCAGACGUCAACAUUCAAGCGCUUCUCCAGAAGCCGCGCAAUGAGUGCACGGAGUAUGAGAUCGCCCAGCUGGAGGCCUGGGAGAUGAGCAAUGGACCGUUGUCGCUGCUGCAGACGGCCGUGCGUAGCCACGCGCAAGUGCUGAUCAGCAUUCGGUCGAAUCGCAAGCUGCUCGCGAGGGUCAAGGCUUUUGACCGCCACUGCAACAUGAUCCUAGAGAAUGUUAAAGAGAUGUGGACGGAAACACCAGUACACAAUGGCAAGAAAGGACGCCCGGUAAACAAGGAUCGGUUCAUCAGCAAGAUGUUCCUGCGUGGCGAUAGCGUCAUCAUUGUUCUACUGAGCUAGGCAGGGUAUGAUUGGUGUCACGUUUUGUCCGAUGUUGUGGUAGCUGUUGUGCGAGUUGUUGGGUCUACUGCUCAUCUCGGCAACGGCAACGGUCCACUGCUCCAAGUGGUGAGCGUGGUUAAGCUUGGCUUUUCUCGAGGGUAUGGGCCAGAAGAACUAGCAUUGUGAGAGAAAAAAGGUCAGGCGUCCUUUGUUUGGCGUUUUUACAUUGUACAUGGCAUUGCAAGCCGCAGGUGAACAUGCAUUGGCAGAGUCUUGUCUGGGAAUAAAUUGACACCUUGGUUCUUCUGAGCAAUGUCGCUCCUACAAAUCAUCUGGC